AUUGUGGACAAACAUCGUGAGAUCGAACCUUGAGAAACCCUAUUGCUCGAUGGUUUUACUCAUGAGGAGAAUGGUGAUGCCUUCGAGUUGCCUGCGCAAUUGGUGACGAGCGCGAACGAUUGUGAGCGCCAGGGAGGAAUUGGCGCAGCUUUUGCAGCAGCAGCGCCAUGGAUGCUCUGGUGUCUACAGCGCUGCAUGAAAUCGCUGUUGAAGCAGCUCAAGGAUGUUCCUUGCCAAAGUUAUGGACAGGAUUGCAGGGAGCUGCAGCAGCCUUAGAGAUAGAUCUGGAUGCAAGAGUCAAGCAGAUGCUCUGGAAACAAGUGCUUCACGUUCCACGCAUAACCUUCUUGAUUCCAAACUUGCGAGAAUCUCAAACCGUAGAGGCAGGUCACCCCUCUAUUCAAUUGGUGGAGGAAGCAGAGAAGCUCGGGGUGCAUGUCGUAGCUCCCGAGGGCUUACGGGAAAGUUGCCUGGGCUUGUACGAUGGUAAACUAUGCGAUGCAGCUAUUUCAAGAGACCAGCGAGAGCUUCUUGAGCGGCUUGCAAAGGCCAGGUUCGCAGCUUCGACGUACCAGUUUUGUUCUUUUUUUUCAGUGGUUUAUUGCAGCUAUUUGUACCUGCUGCUCCUCAUGCUGAUGCUUUUGCCGAUGUGCUUUAACUAUUUUUCAAGGAGUCAAGGAGUUACACAAAGCCAGUUGGGCAAAGAGUUUAAGACAGGCGGGAACAAAAUGUUUUAUGUCGUGAAAAGCCUGGAGUCACGUGGGCUUGUAGUUCGGCAUGCUACUAUUGUGCGUACUCAUCAACCAUCGGUGAAAGGGUCAAAUAACAAGUUUGUUCCUAUUGUGGCGACCAAUCUGGUCCAUCUAUCUCGCUAUGAGAAAGAUCAAAACCUUGGUUCGCAUGCACGCUAUGAGAUCCCAAGUUCAUCCAAGUCCAAUCUUUCACAUAAUAGCGUUUCUGGGUCUGGAAAUGCAGCAGCUGGAGAAGAAGACGCCAAUCAUGCAACUGAGGAGGUUCUUAUUAAUGAUGAUUACCCUGCAAUGCAACGAAUUUGUGAGAAGCUUGAAUCUGCUGAAGACAAGGUGAUGGUGGUGUCGGACUUGAAGCUAGAUCUGAAUUAUCGUUUUGCUCAAGGCCAUCGGAGUUGGCGCAGACUGGCCAAACGACUCCAGGAUGCUGGUAUGGUGGAAAUUUUUAAUGCCCAGAUUGCGGGGUCAAAAAUUGCACCUUGUAUCAGGUUGUUAAAAUCUUUCAAUACGAAAGCCUUCAGUGCAGGGAGCGAUGACACAGAAGCUGAGACACAACUACGCGGUGUGAAACGGGGCCAAGUAACGGAUCAAGUGGUUGAAAGUGUCCUUGACCGUCAGAUUUAUGAUCUUAUUGAUAAUUCAGGUCCUAGUGGACUGUAUAUGAUGGAUAUUUGGAAGCAAUUAGGAUUAAACAACAAACGCAACUACUUCCGGGUUACCAAUAUGCUUGCGAAGGGCUGCAUUGUUUCCGAGGCAGAGCAGCACAAGAAAUCAAUGCUUUACCGACUUAGAACAGCACCUAAUGCCUUUCAACCAGCUUCCAACCCCACACCAGCAGAUCAAGAACCACACUUUAUUCCUCCGCUAGCACAAAUUGCUCCCCCAUCUGCUGUAAAAAUUCGUAGGACACGAAAACCCUCUGACAAAGAAAAAGAAAAGGAGAAGGGAAAGGAGAAGGAGAAGGAAGAGAGCCUAAUAGAGGACAAUACAGAGGUCCUUGCGAUUACCAACAUUUCGGAUGGACCAGAGAAAUCAAAUAACUGUCGAAUUUUGGAUCUUUCGAUUGUGAAAGUGGAUGAAGACGAGCCCUUAGUUGAAACGUUCGGGCAGAUGUAUCCAUUCCCGCUGCAGACCACCACAGCUAUACAGCGGGAAUUUCGUAUCAUGCAAAGAUUGAAUGAAGAGAAGUUCAUACCCCGGGUGGAGCUUCACAGAUGGAUUGAAGAAUCUGAGAAGGAUCGUAAAGACACUAUGAUGGAUCGCAAGACUCUUACACGAUUGCUUCAGAAGUUACAGCGAGAGGGUCGGGUUAAGUGCAUUGUUUUGAGCAUGCCUGGCCUUACCAAUUGUGGACGGAGUCGGCAAAGUGAGGUCGUUCUUCUUCCUGAAGUGCAGGUUGGACCUGAUUUGCUUGCCAAAGUACAUGACCGCAUUCGUCAGUUUGACAUGAUCAAUAGGGGCUACGGGUCAUCGAAAGCUAAAGCAGAUGCUUCCUCAGUCCCUGUUUUGGCGAGUGUUAAGCAAAUUCACAAAGGUGGAAAGAGAAAAUUUCAACCCACAGCUGAAAUUGAGGCUGAGAAGGCUAGGACACUGAGUGAAAAUGGGUUCGUUCCUGCAAAGAUGGUUCGGGUUCGGAUGCUUCAUACUUUCCUGUGGUCGUAUGUAAAUGGUAUCUCAGAGUACGCUGAUGACGAGCUGGUGAUGAAGCCAGAUGAAAGCUCUUGUCGGGUUUUUUCAUUGGCGCUUGCAGUGAAGGCAAUGCCUGUGGAUCUCUUUCUGCAAGUUGUCGGCUCAACUAAGUCAACAGAAGAGUUGGAGCCUUACACCAACAAGGGACUACGCUUGUGUGAUCUUCCAGAAUCAGAAAGUUCGUCACUGCUUGUUUCGCAUGCAAAUAGUCGUCUUUCUUGGCUGAUUGAUAUACUGCGGCGAUUAAAGCUUAUUCGGCUGGUGAUGGGAACUGGUCUUCCCCUCGGAUAUUCCAAAUCUGGCUUCAGUCGGGGUUCCACUUAUUCUCUUGAAGCAUCACUCAUAUAUGCCAUGGAAAUACAGCCUUACAUAGAAGAACCAGCGCCUCAACCUUUGUCGUCUCUUAGUUUAGAUGCCUUCGACUUGACUCCAAGAGCUCGGCAUGAAUUUACCUUGACUUCAAGUGAAAUUUUGGAGGCCUAUUGGCAGACCCUAGAGUAUUUCUUUUUGGGUGCGGUACCUAGAGUUGCAAGGAAAGCAUUUCCAGGUGCUAGCGUUCCUGAGUUGUUUGGUCUUCGGUCAUGGACUUCGCUCCGGAUAAUGACUUCAGAGCAACGAAAGAGGUUAAUGAAGCGAGUGGAGGAAGGGGGUGAGAACAAGAGGUUGUCUCAUGCCGAGUGUUUACAGUUGGCCAGGGAAUUGAACCUUUCUCCCGAACAGGUUUUGAGGGUGUCCUAUGAAAAGAACCGAAGAUAUCGACUUCAACAGCUGGGGAGGGAGAAUAUGGAUUCAGGUGGAAGAAUUGAUAACGAAGUCAGUAGUGGUCAUCGAAUCAAACCAAACAUACAUGCUGGUUCAAAAAAGAGAGCUGUUACUGAUGCAGACCUUAUGGAAGUUGCUCAUGUGAGGGCUUACAAACGACAACGUCAAUUGGAGCAAGCGUCUGCCGCUGAGGAUGCUUCUGCGUCUACUGGUUUUGUGGAUACUCUGCUUGUUUCCAACAAAGAGGGAGAGACCAAUGAGCCUAAUGAAGAAGAGGCCGAGGAGGAUGAAGAGGAAGAUAAGGGGACCGAGGAAAAUCCUUUUAACUAUCUUAAAACCAUCUCGAAAUUGAAACCUACUCGCAGUAAACGGUUUCCCUGGUCAGAAAGUUUAGACAGAGUUUUGAUACGUUGCUAUACAAGGCAACGUGCCAUACUGGGUGCACGUAACCAUCGUGUGGAGUGGGCUACUAUACCUUCUCUUCCUGCAAAUCCUGCUGCCUGUAGGCGUCGAAUGGCUCAAUUGAAAUCGGAUCCUGCUAUUCGGAAAGCUCUUAUGAAUCUUUGUUCUAUACUGUCGGCUAGGUUCAUGAGACAAGAGGAUGUUAUAUCAAAAAGUAAAGUUAAGGAAACAAAUACAGAAAUAGUUGCACAGCCUAACUCUGACAAAGACACUGACGCCAAUCAGCUAGAACUAGCAAUUAGUAAUUCUGACAAAGAGUUGCCUUGGGAUUCAUUUGAAUAUUUUUCGGUAGCCAAGGCUUUGAAUGAGGUCAUGCAGUUGCGCAAUAUUGCGAAGGCCAUAAGUAGUAAGCGAAGUUCAGUGUUUCGAUCAAACGUACCGAAGCACCCUGGGAAUAAUGUACCAACAUCACUUUCCAGCUUAAUCCAGGACGAUAUACAGUCUACACCACGGCUCGCACUUGAGACUGUGGAUCCUUCUGGUGCAGAUGUAAAGAAAAUGGAUCGAAAUGGCGACUCGGCGACCACUUCCCGGGGUCGACAAAGAGCUCCCCGCGUUCGUAAACGGAAAAAAUCAGAAAAACCUGCAUCUCUGGGUGAGAUGACAUCUGAAGAAAUGGUGCGGAAAUCUUUGGGAAUCGCAAACGCAGUUGAGCUUGUGAAAAUGGUCUUGCUUAACGCAGCAAGUGCUGAAGUUCCUUCGGAGCUGGUGGAUGCACUCAGACGAUGUGAAGAAUCACAUGUCUUCGCCGCAUUUAAUUAUCUGCGGUACCAAGAAUACGUGAUUGUCGGAGGCAAUAGUCAACCAUUUAUUCUCUCCCAGAAGUUCUAUCACAAUGCCUCUGCCUCUCGAUUUCCUUCUGAGACCGGACUCGAGGCUCUUGGUGCCACACAAUGGCUAACUGAACAUGUUUCCGAGGUGGACGAGGAUUGGGUGCCGCUUCCUACUGAGAGCUUGUGUGGGCAGUUGAUUCAGCUUCUUGGAAUUGUUAGUGAAGGUGAAAUGAACAUAGCCCCUUUUCUCCCCAAAGAAGGAGUAGGAGAAAGUGAGGACAACAAAAUUAUUGUGUUGGGAACGAAGCGAAAAACUGAAGGAGGCCAGGAGAUUCAGUUUAUGAAGCCUAAGAUCCAACGGUCUGACUCAUCCUCCCCUGGAUUUCGUCGAGAAAGAGGGUUCCCUGGAAUUCAGGUGUGCAUUCACCGAGCUAGGAAACCUGUUGGAGAGCUUGUGGAUGCCGUUAUCUCACAAAGCCAAGACCUUAUCCAUCAUCAUGAUCAGUUCAAUGAUGACAUGGAUUUGGACCAAGGACAGACAAUGGUUUCAACGACCAAAAGUGUGCCUGAACCGACUGACGCAAUGGAAGUCGAUGAGCCUGUUCUCUCGGCGGAUUUAUGCGAAUCUGCAGUCACAACGAAGGUGGAUGUAGUGCCGCCCUCAUCAGUAGGGGAUGUCUUUAAAUCCACAGAGGUAGCCGAGGUCGAUGUAGCCAUGCCAUCAGCAGUAGAUGUUCCUGCAUCGACUGAAGCACAGGAGGUUACCUCAGCCGUUCCUUCAGCAGUUGUUUCUGAAUCCUCGAAGACAGCUGAUUGCAAUGUAGUUGUGGCGGGAAGUGAUACAAGUUCUAAGUUGGUGAGCUGUAUACAUCACUUUUGUUCCACGUCGGCGGAUCCAUUAGAUGCGAGUAAGGGCAGAGACUCCAAGUUAACACCGGUGCUUUUGAAGGCAGCCACGCAUGCAGUUGAGAAGGCAGGGACUGAAGGAAUCGACGUCCAGCAGUUGACAAAUCUCCUCGAACGCAUGGAUCAUGAGUUGACUGAGGAUAUAGUGGAGACCUAUGUCACUGCAUUGGAGACCUUUGAUGUUGUUAGAAAGGUAAAUGCCUAUGAUCAUGUGCGCGUAAUCGCAGCAGUGCAUAGUUCUCCAUUUUUCAUACAUGUGAAAGCAACGAAAGGAGAAAAUGGUUUCGCGGAUGCAGAUGCAUCCUCUGGAGGAAGCGGAAAAUCAUGUGAAAAGAUUGCACAAGGCUUUACAACAAUUGCGACCUUGAAUUCCAUCGCUAUAGGUUCUAGGAAUUGGACGUCAAUCCAGCCCAAUCUGCCGAAAGAUGAUAGUAAUCAUCGACGGGUAAUGCUUUCAGCCAGUAAAAACGAGGAUAUUGAGGCGAUUCAAACCGUUCCCAUGCUGCCGUGGCUAGCAGGAGAUGGAAGCGUAAACCGCUUGCUGCUGAAGUCUCUCUUACGGAGGGUGAUUGGGAUUGUUAUGCUAAACCCUGGAAUUCUAGAGGAACACCUCGUGGAUCAAUUGCAUGUUCUUAAUCCACAGACUGCCAAGGAGCUGCUUCAGAUGCUGGAAUAUGAUGGGCAUGUGAUCGUUAAGAAGUUAUUGCGAUCGCAGCCACCAACACCUCCUGGUGUUCUUGGUCAUCUGAUCAAGUCGAAGACGUCAGGAAGUACGAAACCCACUUAUGGUUUACAUUACUACGCGAACUGUACAAGUGCUACCUUGUUGUAGUAGACUCAACUAUUUUGGGAAAACUCGUGCUUUCUUCUAGUCUGGUUUUCAUACGACAGAAGGGUCGGUAUCAGUUUUUUUCUACCUAGCUAUUUCAUUUAGGCGCCAAAUUAGAUUUACAUUGAAGCGAUAAUGAACAAUUGUACCCUGCACAAGAUAACAACUGAUUUGCCAACGUGGUUUAGCUUUGUAAUUAAGAGCCAAAAAAGAUGAACAUUCGUGUUACUUGUGUAAAGUCAAUAUUACAACAUUGUAUUAUCGUA